AUUAAAUCCCAAUCCGCAGUUCAAAGAACGUGCCUCUCACCUCCUCCCUUCAACCUACUAGCUCUCUCUCUGCCCUUGCUUUACAUAUAUAAAAAUCCCCCUUUCCUCUUCCUUCCUCCAUCCAAAUUCCCAUCCAUCUACAAAGAGAACAAAGAAAAAAAAUCCAUCUCCAUAGCAAUCGAACAAGGAAGGAAGGAAGGAAGGAAGGAAGGAACAAUGGUGAAGAAAUUGCUGAUGUCUCCGCCGCCGGCGUCGGAGAAGUCCACUUUUGCACAGACCUGCAAUCUCCUCAGCCAGUACUUGAAGGCCGGGAAGGCCAACCUGGGGGAUAUCGGCCUCGCCGCUAAGCUCGAUCAUCAUCAGCCUCCUGUUAAUCACAACAAAUCAUCAGUUGCUGCUGCGCCGACCACGACGCUGGACCUUCUGCCUGGCAUCGGAGGCUCCUCCGCCAAUCGGGAGGCAGAGAGAAGCGACGGGAAGCCUUCGCCGGCGUUGCCCCGGUUCGCCGGAUAUGGAUCUACGGCGGCGGCCGGAGGAGGAGGUGCUCAGAUGACGAUUUUCUACGGCGGGAAGGUGAUUGUGUUCAACGAUUUCCCCGCGGAGAAGGCCAAGGAGAUUAUGGGCUUGGUUUCCGAGCAGCAGGGGAUAAUUACUAACAACAACAACAACAGCAAUUCACGGGAUGAGCAGAUUAACAAUAACGCCGCCGCGGCGGUGACUUCCUCGUCUUCGUCACCGAACGACGGGCAAAUAGAGCAACCGAUUUCCCACUUCCGGCCGCCGCAGCCUCGGCCGAUAGGGUCGGACCUGCCGAUUGCCAGGAGAGCUUCUCUUCACCGCUUCUUGGAGAAGAGAAAGGACAGGGUUACAUCGAGAGGGCCGUAUCAUCAACUCGAGUCACCCAAGCCUGCUGACCAUGGAAACAACAACAACAACAACCCAUGGUUUGACCGGCAGAUGAGCCAGUCGGCUAAACAGCUGGAGCUUAGCUUGUAGGGUUUCCCUUAAUUACUCGAUUAAUCCUGAUGAUUAAUUAGAGCUUUUGGAUUGAUUAGAUGUUCUAAUUGGCUGUUGAUCUAUCUACCUUUUUUUUUUUUUUUUUACUUCUACGUAUAUACAUUUUUGUACAUCGAAUCCAACUCCAAAGCCUUGGAAGUUGAUCUGCUACUAUUAUAUAUACAAAUCAUCUCGGCACCUUUCUUACUGACUAUGGAGUAUGAUUCGGCUACAAGCAAGUAAUCUAAUGUCACGUCUAAGAUCAUAAUCAUGGAGCAUUCUCUGUAUCUAAC